AUGGGCAAUUACAGAUCCAAACUUCGAGGGCUUGGAUGUCCUGAACUGGAGGUGAACUCUCUGAAAAAGAAGCGACCACACGAGAAGGCACCUGCAAAGAAUAUCAAAAAGGCAAGAAAGGCAGAAGUGAACUACUUACCACCACACCCACAAGGAGAAACGGAGGAAUGUUUGGAACAAGAACGAGUGGAACUCCUUAAUGAAGUGAAGAAGAGGAAUAACUGGCAGAUCAUCAAUGAGAAAAUGGCGAAGACAUUCUCCAUUCGCAGGCAGGAGGUUGUCAACGGAGAACCACCCAUCAGGGAAUUCAGGGACCGUUGGCCUGCUCUUUUUGAUGCAAAACAGAUCAAUGAAGAGUUUAAACGGAUCACCACAGUCAACCUUGAGUCAACCUUUAUGGCAAAACUUGAUCAGUACCUCCCAAGAAUAAUGUCUUUGGUAUCUUCGCGGGGAGGAGCUGCAAAAAUGAAGAUCCAAAACAUCAAGAACAUACUGCUUGAGGGUGAUACAGUUGAAAGACGGAGAGAGGUUGCCAUCCGCUGCCUGGUCGUGUAUCUCGGGGAAAAGGAAAAGGAUCUUGUUGAGGAAUACUUGGAUGGCGAAGGGCAGUAUGGAGAUGUCACCAACCAAGUGAUGAAGAUAGUUGUCACCAGAGAGGCUACAGCAUCUGAUCCAGCCAGCGCAACCAUCGUGAUGGAGGGAACAGAGGUCCUGAGGGGCGUGGAUGUAGCAAGAGGCUGUGCCUUGUUGAUGGGUCUGAUAUACGCACUCAAUCUGAGCUACCCAAAAGAACUGAAACACACCUUCGAGGUAUUUCAAAAGAUACUCCUUGAACUGGAUGGCCUGAAAGCCAGCCCUAAAGUCAUGUCGCUUAAAAACAAGCUGCUGUCAUCAAAUGAGUGAACACUGGGCAUCUGGCAAGACUGUACUGUGAAAUGUAUUGACACAGCGGUAAGCAUAUAUGUGAAAUUUCAUUUCAGGUGAACUAUCCCUUUAGUUUGUUGUAUACUGUGUUCCUAAGUGGUUCAGUUUUUCUUCUGAUGUUAACUUCUUGCUGAGGUGAAAUAGCAGUCAUAUGUUCACAGUAUCAUGUCUAAUUGCACAGAUGUAAACAGGCUCUAUGUUCCAGGUAGCACUUAGUGUGUGACAUGUUUUAUAUUGAUGCAAAGCCUGCAUUGUCUCUUGGUAGGUUUCCGCCAUUGUUAAAUUCAAAACAAAUGAUAAACAUGGUUUUAUUUUGGUUGUCAUUUCAACUAUUUAAAAGAAAAAGUUUACAGCACUCUCACUUAAAAAUAUUUUGGUUAAUUUAACAGUUUUUUUUUUUUACUUUUUAUCUGAAAUUGUAUUG